AUGGGAAAAACAUUUACCGACAAAUCGCUGGCCAAAAAGGAGGCCGGCCAGGCACGAAAACGAGCCAAGGAGUUCAAGGAGAUUCAGAAGGAGCGAGACGCCGCCGCCCGAGCUGAAGACGCUCUUUGGGCAGAGGGAGCCGCAGACAACUCCAAAAAGGCCCAGGCAGAGGCCAAGAAGGCCGAGCAGGCGCGAAAGCGAGCCGAGCGAGAGGCCCAGGAGGCUGCCGAGGCUGAAAUCAUCAAGAAGGAGUCUACUAAAAAGACUGUUCAGAAGAAGUUCAAGGGUUAA